AAUAUUAUAUUACAAGAAAAAGUGAACAUUUGCCAAAGGUACAGCGGUAAACACGGACAUUUAUUUCAAAUAAAAAAUGAAAGUAUCUUUAUGUGGGGUCUGCAAUUAUAACGGCUAAAUGCGUUAUCUUUAAGGCGUUUACAAUAACUCAGGAGUGUGUACAUGUGUCCGCCAUCAAUGUCAGAAGUAAUGGAAUUUAAUGACAUUUAUUUGUUACAACUAUGGUUAAAGAUAGAAACAUAAAGGAGUCUUCUUUAUUAAGACAGUAUAUUUUUCAACGCGAAAAGAAACAUAAAGGAAUCUUCUUUAGUAAAGACAGAGUAUUUUUUUCAACGUGAAACCUCCGUUUGGAUAUAUUAUGUUCAACCUGUAUUUCAGUGAUUGUGUUUACACUUCUCAUGUCGGACUAAUAUUUCCUAUACAUAUAAAUUCAUGACAUUCCAUUCAUGGCGAAAACGACAUUUGUAUAUUCGUGAACUUAAUUAGUUUUCAUUCCGUUGAUAAGUAAAUGUGUAGACAGCAGAUGCAAGUUUUUUUGGUGGAAUAUUGGAGCUUGAAGGAAGAUACGAUUUCUGUUUAGUAUCUGUUUACGAUAUAGGAUAAACGUAGGUCAUAAAAUAUCAUUAUGACUGGCUUAGAGGUUGCUAACACCUCCAUCUAUAUAGAUGUCCUGAACGGCGAAAGUUUCACAAAUUUUUCUACAAACGGUACUUCCGUGAAUUUGACAUUCAUACCCACGAUGAAAGACAAUUCAGUGAACUCUCUUUGUGACGAGGCGUCUCAAAACACGUCCAUGUGCAAUAAAAAAGGACUGGGCAUCAGUCUGUCUACGCCGAUCCUCAUGAAUUCUGCAGGAAUUUUAGGAAACUUUGUGGCCCUUGUUGUUCUAUACACAGCGCGAAGAGAAAUGAAGAAGACAAUGUUUUAUGUUCUGCUUUGUGGACUAGCAGGAACAGACCUUCUCGGUCAAUUAAUGACUGGACCAAUUGCAAUUAUUGUGUACGCAAAUAAUCUCAAAUGGGUUGGAGGCGAUCCAUUGUGUAAAUAUCACGGAUAUUUCAUGGUUUGUUUUGGUAUGAUUACUCCAUUACUCGUCUGCUGCCUGUCAAUAGAACGUGUCACUGCACUUCGUUUCCCGUAUUAUUAUGAAAGAUCAGUGACUAAAAAGAGAGUGGUAGGAAUUAUUCUGUCAUGUUGGGCUUUUGUGUUGAUAUUCUGCUGCAUGCCUUUCAUUGGAUUCGGAAGUUAUGCGCACCAGUUUCCGGGCUCUUGGUGCUUUCUUAAUUUCCAUAGGGAGAGUGUCAGUGAUGAAGCUUACGCAUAUACUUAUGCUUUUAUCAACGUUAUAAUAAUAUCAGUUAUUAUCAUAGGAAACUCGUGUGUUAUGAUAACGUUAGUACAGAUGAAAAAGAGAAAAUUAACAAGUUCACCGUCAACUGAGAGGCGUAAUGGGAAUCAUAGAAAAUCAAAACUAAAAGUCGAGGAGGAAACCCAAAUGAUCUGGUUCCUGUUUGCAAUAACUAUAGUCUUUACAACGUGCUGGUUUCCACUUAAUAUCCACAUUCUCAUAAAUCAGGUAACUGGGAGAAUCAACUAUCCUGCUGACCUUAUUGGAGUUCGUCUGGCCAGUAUAAAUGUCAUACUUGACCCAUGGCUUUACAUUCUUCUCAGAAAGUCCGUAAUUGUCAAAGCUUUCAGAUUCAUUAAAAACCUUUUUUCGAAAGAAAACAACUUCUCACCUAAGAAGAGCAGCCGGUACAUAACAAACUAUAGUCAGAAUCAAAUCCAGAAAGGAUCUUUACAUGAACGUGAUGACAGAGAGGGUCAUGAACUUAGGGCAAUUGAUCAAUCGUGUAACCAUGUGAAAGAACUUGAUAAGUGCAGCUCGUGUUUAGAUACGAGCAGUUCCGCGAGUAGUGUGGAGUCAGAUUCCGAUAUGGAAAGACAUUAUUUGAAACAAGAGCGGAAACGUUCAAGAUAUUCAGAUUCCGGUCUGACCUAUCAAAAACAGCACUCGUACGAAAGUUGUAAUGGAACGGUGAAGCAUGAGAAUAGCAAUUCUGUUAUAAACACCAGAAAGACAAGCCUACCAGCGAGAAUUUCCAGAAACUAGGAAUUUUAAUCAUUCCUUUUGUUUAUUCUUACAUGUUAUAAUGGAUGAGUUGCAGGCAAUUCACAGAUUAAAGUUGAACAACACUAAAGGAUUUAAAAUGUGCUGUACUUUACAUUUUUUCUAUCUAGGGCAUUGUUGUUUAAUUGCCAUGUCUGGAUGAAUGAAGAUACCAUUUUUCUUCUACAAUUUUUCUUAUGUGAUAACUGCAAAUUAAACGUAUCUUUCUGUAUGCGUGAAAAUAACGUAGAAACUCUUAUGACUUGAUUUAAGCAUUCACUGAUAUUAUUAUUAUUAUUUUCCGACUCUCGUUACAUUUUACAUAAUUAUAUUGUCGUUUUACAAGUAAAUAGAAUGAAAUCAUAUCAGUG